AUGCCGCCUUCGUCGAAGCGAUCCCAGCGCAGGCGUCGGGAAACGUCGGAUGCCACGGCACCUCCAACGGAAGAGGAGACGACGCCCACGCGCCCAGCAAAGCGUCGCAGAAAGCUGUCGGAGCACGAACUGCCUGAUACAGAACUUCCCGCCAACGGUGGUGACGAUGCCCUCGUCACGCAGGUCACGCAGCAUCUCAAGAGCCACCCGGUACAAGCGAGUAGGGACCAUGCCAACUCGAUUCACGAAGCCAAUGGUGACGGCGUGCAAGCAUUUGCCAAAGUCGCCGCCCAGGACUGGACUUUUUACAUCACUAAGCUAGCUAUCAACAUCGGAAGGGCACCCGAGGGGGCAGCCCCCGAUACUGUGGCCGGCGGUAAGCGUCCCGAGAGGCGCCGAGACGGAGACAGGGCUCUCAGUGAAGAUGUGGGCGAUGAAGAGUUCGGCGAGGAGAGCGUUCACAUUGAUCUAGGGCCUAGCAAGACCGUGUCUCGCGAACAUGCCAUGAUAUCGUACGACUCCAAGAACGAGAGAUGGCUUCUCACCGUUAAGGGCCGCAAUGGAGUGCGAGUUGACAACAGGGCUCUGAAGCCCAGCGAAUCUCACCAACUUUCAAGCGGUGAGGUCCUGGAGGUUGGUGGUGUCGAGAUGAUGUUUGUCCUGCCAUCCGAGCUCAGUCCGCUUCAUAUCAACUCUACCUUCCUCGAGAGGUGUGGCCUAAAUGCGGCAACGACGCCGGUGUCCCGUCGUCCGCUUCGCCAACAUGCGCACACGCGCUCGCCGUCAGACGACCUCAAACGACCGGGAACGCCACCGCCGCCGCCUUCAACACAGAGCCGUAACGGGCUCGACUCAAUGGCUUCGCCUGCCUUUAGCACACCCGGGCCCGUCAUGGUGGGUGCCAACGGUGCCGACCUGAGCAAGGACGAGAACAAACACAUCAAGCCUCAAUACAGCUAUGCCCAGAUGAUUACCCAGGCUAUCACUAGUGUUCCUGACGGCAAGCUCACGCUCAACGGCAUAUACACCUACAUCACCGACAAUUACGCUUACUACCGCCACCAGACGCCUUCAGGUUGGCAGAACUCGAUUCGACACAAUCUUUCUCUCAACAAGAACUUCGAGAAGGUCCCCAGGUCCACCUAUGAGCCAGGCAAAGGUGCCAAGUGGCAGAUUGUAGCCGAAGUACGCGAGGAGCUCAUCAAUAACGCCUGGCGCAUAGGUCGCGGUGGGCACCGCGGCUCCUCAGCGCCCUCGUCGCCCAACAAGCUCAACUACAUCACCCAGGGUCCCAGGGACAUGGCAUCGCGGGGGUCGCCGUCGAGCCGGAAGCGCCGCAGCUCCAUCCUUUCGCCGCCACCCCGGUCCUCUCUUCCCAUGUCGCAGUCUACCCCCGAUGGACCUCUGCGACACUCAAGCCGAGCCAACGCCGUCCUGACGGCCGACGGGAGCCCGCUCCCCCGCGCCAAGAAGUCGGAUGCGGCUGAUCCUUCCUUCUCGAGCUUCAACCCGCAAUCCCCAACCCUGACGUCAUCAUAUCUACAGGAUGAGGGCGGCUCAUUCAUCACGCCCGCACCCCCGCGCGUCAAUCCGCGUCUCGCUCCCCCAAGCACUGCCCAGCGUCCAAGCCAGCACAUGCCCACCAGUUCGCCCGCCCCCUUCUGGCGGUUCUUCGACAUUGGCAGCACUCCCUUGCGACCGCCCGGUGGAGGCGAACUUGGCACUAGUCCCUUUAAGCCCUCCGCCCCCAUGCCUGUUGAGAGCAGCAGUCCCGUCCCCGGCAGCGGCCGCGGCAACAAGUCCCUCCCCAGCAGCCCUACACGCGGAACCCAAGACGAUGACGACGACGCAACUCCUAAGAGGGAGCGCCACGAAAACGAUGAUGAUGGCGACGUCAACGUCAGAGAGGAGACAGCGACAGCGGAUGGCGGACAGAGUGACAAGGAGGACAAUGAGCUAGAGGGCGACAAGCCAUCUCAGCCGCAGCCGCAGCCGCGGCCACGACAGCAUCACCAACCUCCUCCACCGCCACCAGAAGACGACGAGGAUGAUGAUGAUCAGGGAUUCGACCUUGCCAAGGGUUUCCAGAGUAUCGGGGCUUACCACGAACCUGCCGGCAAGGGCAUUUCCGUGGCGAAUGCCUUUGGGUCGCAUUGA